AUGGCGGCGCAAGUCAUCUCCAACUCCGGCCAUGAUGAUAUGAUUCAUGAUGCCGUCCUCGAUUACUACGGUCGCAAGCUAGCUACUUGCUCCAGCGAUCGCACAAUCAGGAUUUUUGAAAUCGAAGGUGAUACCCAGCGGUUAAUCGAGACCCUGAAAGGUCACGAGGGGGCUGUCUGGUGUGUUGCCUGGGCUCACCCCAAGUACGGCAACAUUCUCGCGUCGGCCGGUUAUGACGGCAAGGUAUUCAUCUGGAAAGAACAGGGCCCGCAGCACCAAUGGCAGCGUAUCUACGACUUUCCGCUCCACAAGGCCUCAGUCAACAUUGUUUCGUGGGCGCCUCAUGAGGCCGGUUGCCUGCUAGCCUGCGCUUCCUCGGACGGAAACGUCAGCGUUCUCGAAUUCAAGGACUCAGCAUUUGACAACACUACCUUCCCGGCCCACGGCCUCGGGGUCAACUCCGUCUCUUGGGCUCCCGCGACCGCUCCUGGCAGCAUUGUCAGCAGCUCCCCGGGUCCUGCCGCCGCCGGUAACCGUCGCUUCGUCACUGGUGGCAGCGACAACCUCGUCAAGAUCUGGGCUUUUGACCCCGCCUCGCAGUCGUACAAGCAAGAAGGAGAAGCCCUCACCGGUCACUCGGAUUGGGUCCGUGAUGUUGCCUGGUCUCCUACUGUUCUCAAGCGGUCGUACAUUGCUUCGGCCUCACAGGACAAGACAGUUCGCAUCUGGACCUCGGAUUCGACGGCCGGCAGCGCGGCUCAGUGGGACUGCAAGACGCUGGAUUUUGAGGCACCCGUCUGGCGUGUGAGCUGGUCCCUCAGCGGCAACGUACUUGCUGUUAGCGGUGCUGAUAACAAGGUAUCACUGUGGAAGGAGAACCUUCGCGGCGAGUGGGAGUGCGUCAAGAAGAUUGAGGAUUAA